AGAAAUCAGAGCGGUUGUUGCCUGCGGGAUCUUUCUCUUUUGUCAUUCAAGCUUUGAUGAAGCUAAAGGAUAUAAGGGGCAAGGAGCAUCAGACGCAAUCGGCUCUUGUUUCGUUGGGGCAAUGGUUAUUUGAAGACUCGCAUUACGCAACUAACCACGGAGUAAAGGAAAACAGUCUCAGGUGGUUAACAUGGCUUAGUACAGCCAUGUAACUCCAAGUCUCGAUACCUUGAUGAGUUGUCCAAGGUUCGGGAAAUUCGUGAAAGAUCAAGCAAUCAAACCAAAAUUAUGAAACAAUAAUGAUCUGAGGGAAUUGUCAGAAGAAUGUACGGUAAAGGACUCCAGAUACCACCCUACAGAGUACAGAUUAGGCCACACCGCCAAGUGCCAGUUGCAUAUUGGACGGUUAGACCACCCAUUGAGUGGUCCUUCCGUGGAAGUUUCGAUGAGCGGAACCAGGGCUUCUCCAAGUGGGGCUGGAUCCCCUUUGGGUUACCAGGAUUGGACCGCCACAUUGGGCGAGCUGCAUUCUCCAUCCUGGGUAGUGGGAUGCAUCACGCAUCGCGCUAUCAUCCUCAGACAUCUCACAUAGGCAGUUGGGCCCUGAAGUGAUGAAACGCUGCUGUUUGUAACCAUGGAUGCACCGUAAGUGGCAACUCGAGCGAGUAGAUUUAGACUCGCAGUGCAAUAUCUGUACGUUGUUAACAAAUUGGCUUUGGAUUGAGUUCCAUUUCGGCUUGUUGUGGAAGUAUGAUUCGGUGUACCAAAAUAGGAGGGUCGUAUCAUAUUGAUCGUGUCACGGAAUUCCUCCACCUGCAUAGACCGUCGUUGAUAGUACUCUGCCGUGCUAUGGAUUGUAUUGGUAGCUGCCUGAAGUAGCAGACUAGCAGGGGAGGUCGGCGGAAUUUUGUAUGAGAAACGAUAUUGCCG